GUCCACCGUAGCCAUCACACCGUACUAUCUCGUGGUGCAGUAUUCGUCUUGCUGUGAGAACGCCGCAAUAAGAUGGAAGAAGUGGGCGGAUCUUGGUUACGUCCAGCCACGCCCAUGGAGGAGAUGUUCGAAUCCGCGCACCAAAGAGGGACGCUGCUUAUUUGUUAUCAUAUAAUUCUCAACUCUUCCGCUCGUCUCCUGGAGGAACAUGUUCGAACUGCUCUUAAAUACCUUCAUUGGAAGGUGCCAAAUCUGCGUGUCUGUUUCGGUGUUCGAGACGGUGGAAUGUGGCUUCGACACAGGUCUUCCAGUGAUCUUGAUUUCGAAGUCAUGAGUAGCAGCGACGUGCAGGCGACGAUGGAGCGACUGCGAACGUACAAAUACAAUUCGAGCGCCGGUCCGCUGUGGUGCGCGAAACUCCUGCAUGAAACUGAACAUCUCGAAGGAAGUUUAGAUUCGAGUUCUAAACUUCGUUUCGUUUCUCAUUUGUUUUUAGGGUUUCAUCAUGGGAUCGUAGACGGCAUUACGACGAUGAAGGUGUGCGGAUGCCUCGUGAAGUUGCUUGGUGACGUCAUCAGUGGACAGCCAAUCAGCGACGAGGAGCAGAUCGGAGAACUCGUAUCAGCAGAGGAAACGGAGAAACUCAUACGGGCUAAGAAAUUAAGGAUCGAGACAGACUAUGAAUUAAGGGAAGCAUUAAUUAGGGGCGCUAGAUCCAAAUGCUCUAAUCCUAGACUCCUUCGGCGUAUCUACCAGGCACCAGAAGGCUCAGAAGAUAGGUCAGCACAGGUCAUCCGCCAUCUCGACGUUGCCACCACCGAGAAAUUCGUGAAUAAAUGCCGCACAGAGAGCCUUACGGUCCACUCGGCCUUCACAGCUCUGGCAAACGUGGCACUCACUGACCUGUUGAUGAAGGAGAACGUUAUUCAAAGCUCAUACACGAUUUCCAGUGCCCACACCACUAACCUACGUCGUUACUGGCCUGGAAACACGUCCCGGGCUCUUGGCUGCCAUAUAUCACCGACUUACCUGUACACUGAAACCCCCAGAGACGCAGGUAAUAGAUUUUGGGAAUACGCUCGAACACUCCACCAGAAUCUCAAGUCCAAUCUCGAAUCGGGGAAAGCUCUAGAAGACAUCGCUCUUCGCCAGCUCAUGACUCGACCCAAAACCGAGGAGAGAGAAGACCGUGUGGGAGACAGAGAGGAAAAUACCGAAGUCGAACCGGAGUACUUCACCUCGAAUAUGGGUGAUGUCACUCCCUUCGUUAGCGGAGAAUCGGAGGACGUCAAAGCAACACACAUCACGAGGUCGAUAUCACUGCACAAGGCUGGCCUCUCCUGCUCCCACGUCUUUCACACCUUCAAGGGCCGUCUCACGCACUGCCUCGACUUUUCCACGAAGUUCCUGAGCGAAGACCUUGCUCGAGAUUACUGCGAUCUGAUUUUUCGACGUCUGGAGGAAGUCAUAUGAAGAGGUGUCGCUCUCAGUCAGGUGCUUUUGUUGGCUUUUGUUUGAAUAAAUUGUCCUUUCCUGUG